CCUCCCCUUCACGGUCCUAUCAUUUCGGUUAGAGCCUCUGUGGCUUCAAGACUGGGAAUGGUACCAAACUUCACUGGACUUGCGGUCCUGGGAACAAUGUGCAUCGCGAUUGCCUUUCCUGUGACCUUAAAUCCUGAGAAGCUGUGACCGGGACUGGGGAGAUGGCAGAGUUGUGGGGCACGGCCAACGCCAAACAGACCCGGCUGAGUCAGGCUGUAACGUCCUCCUUGUCGGUGGAAGCACGGAACGUGUCAACAGGGAUAUUGGCACACGCACACCGCCAACAGGAGCUUUGAGGUGAGGGUGCAAGCGAACCAGAGGUGUGCUCGCUGUGUUUGAUCCCCGCCCCCUCUCAGGCGACUGUCAGCCGGAGGCGUGCGGCGAGCACAAGCCCGUCUCCUCUGCGGCUCUCCACGCACUUGGCCUUGAGAGGGAAGGGAGGAGGAAGGCUGUUGGCUUCUCGGAACGUUUGUUUCAAGCGGCGCUUCGGGUCGAGGCGAGGAAGAAGCGUGCGGGAGCAGUCUGAUCCGGGCAGCGGGGCCUUGCCGCUGUGUUUCUGGCAGAGGGAGUCCCGGGGGUUUGCACUGUGCAAGGCGCGGACUUUGCUGUCGAAAGGGAGGGAACCCCAGAGAUUGAGCCUUUCCCCCCGGCUCCCUCCACCCCAUUCCUGCGGCAGCGAUCGGGAUCCGGGACUAUUGAUGCACCCUUUCCAGGGGUGUAACGGAUGUUUCUGUGGCUUGGGAGUGAUUUACUCGAAUAAAUCGUGCACAAUGCCACCAAUUACCUUUCAGGAUCUUCCAUUGAACAUCUACAUGGUGAUAUUUGGUACUGGAAUUUUUGUCUUCGUGCUGAGUCUGAUAUUCUGCUGUUAUUUUAUCAGCAAACUCCGACACCAAGCACGCAAUGAGAAAUAUGGAUGCAAAGAGGUAAUAACAAGAGGUGACGCUAAAAAGCUGAAUUUACAUGGGACAUGUGCUGUUUGCUUAGAGGAUUUCAAGAUUAAAGAGGAGUUGGGAGUGUUACCCUGUCAACACGCCUUUCACCGGAAGUGCUUGGUGAAAUGGCUGGAAAUUCGCUGUGUCUGUCCGAUGUGUAACAAACCUAUUGCUGGAGCACCUGAGCAACAGCAAGCGAUUGGCACACUCCUGGAUGAACUUGUUUGAUGCAUUUUAAACUUCACACUGACAGAAGAAUCUCGGAAUAGCCAAGAAUCAAGAGUUUUCUGGUUUUUUUUUGAAAAUUGUGAUUGACUGUUGACUGGAGCCAGAGAGAAUGUGAGAGGAUCUGAGCUGAGGCGUGACACAGCACUGAUGUGGUUGGAGUAAAUGUUGGCAUUGGGAAUGAUUGGGAAAGCUGUCCUCUGAAUGCCCCUUCAACACAUCUGCUGAGGAAUAGAACAACUUCUAGACUUGCCACUCAGAACUGAGCUCUUUAAUACUCACAGCACCCCGCCUGGUUGACCAGUGCAUUGCUGAGCCAUACAAACCAGACGGUCCUAGCUCCCAUGAUAACAAAGUUUGGAGCUGGAUGAACACAGCAGGCCAAGCAGCAUCUCAGGAGCACAAAAGCUGACGUUUCGGGCCUAAACCCUUCAUCGUCUCGCUCCCAUUCCUGAUUGUUGCUGACUCAGCAGAUCUAAUCUGCUGCAAUUGGGCAGUACCACCAUGGAUGACAGAGGGUUCCCAUUUUUGAUGAGUAUUCUGUUAUCCUCAAAGAUAUUGGUGUAAUUGUGGACAGGCUGAUCUGUCAUACCGUCCAGAGCUAGAAAGGGUGCCAGGCCUAACUCUGAUUCAAAGUGAAGAACUAGCCUGCUGCAUUUGCCAUGAGUUGGUGUGCAGUGGCCGUGUGGAAUUGAAACUCACUAAGUUUGGGUUUUCAGCGGAAAUGGGAAAUUUUUGAUGAGAAGCCCAAGUGUCGAACUAUUCUGAAACCAGCAGAAAUUAAUAUGGGUGGACAUGCACUGGGGUACACUGUACUUGUAACGACCUGCUAUAUGGAUGUUCAUUCAUCCACCCCACUGCAUUCAAGUUGGAGAUUCACCUGAAGUAGACCCAUUCUCAUGGAGUGAAACUCCAUGGAUCCAGCAAACCUGUGUUACUCUGACGGUCAUUGUCCAUCAGUACCAUCACAGCAUCACAGGUUCCCCAAUCCGUGGGCUCUGUUGGACCAGGAGAAAAUCUUUGCUACCCAUUCACUCAUUGCAACGAUGCGUGUGUUUAGCUGUUGUGGACAGUCAAGAGCAAUAUUGCAGUACCACAUGGAGCCUGAUGAUUGAGAAAGAAACCAUCAUUACCUAACCCAAUGAACUAAAGAUAUGUCUCCCUUCUUUCAACUGCUUCCAAUAAACUGACCCUCAAGCACAAUCUGUCAUUGAGUUAAAGGUCUCAGUCCAAGACUAUGUCGGGGAAUGGAACUCUUAUACUGGUGUGGCUGUAAGUGGUACUCUGAGCUCAGGAAUGGUACCUGCUGUUAGAAGAGAACAGACAGAGAGUAUUACUUUGCAGUUCACUGCAACAUGGGGCUGUGUGAGGGUUCUCUGAUCAUUGUGCUGUCUCUUGCACGUUUUUUGUUGUUUACUGGGCACGACUGUUUUUGUACAGAUUUUAACUAAGUGCUUUGAAUCUGUUCCUUCCUUUAAGAAGGAUUUUCUUUUAUUGUAAAAUACCAACUUUUAGUAAAUAUA